CAUGAUGCGCAGUACCAUCGUCCUCGUCGGCGCGAUAUGGAGUCGCGACAGGCAGCCUUGCUAUUGCACGAUGCUCCCUCUUGGAAGGUGGUAUUCCCCCACGGCUAGCUUGUGCCGCACACCAUGAUGGCCCUCCUUCACGAACCUCCCCCCUGGAUGUUAUUGUUGGCCGUGACAUAUCCAAAGCCCGUGAUGUUGGCAAGGACUGCGAGUAAUGUCGCCAUGAUCCAUCCUAUCGCCCCGACUUGCCGUCCCCCGGUUCCAGAGUCCAAGAGUCCAGACACCAUCUUCAUAGACUGGACGAUGACGAUAUAAACCAUCCCAUCUCCCCGUUGAUCAUCCCAUCUCUCUUCCUCAUCCUCAUCGGUCAUCUCCCAGUCCUCUCUCGUCCUCAUAUCCUCUUCUCUUGCUCCCUUCCAGGCUUCACUAGCUUUCAGUCAUCUCACAAUGACUGGCUCUUCUUUCGUCUCGGCCCUCACGGCCGGCCUCGCCCUGGCCUCCUCCGUUGCCGCCCUCCCCGCCGGUGCCCAGCAGGAGAGAGGCUUCACCGUCGAGCAGAUCAAGAACCCCCGCUACGUCCGCUCCGGUCCCCUCGCCCUCGCCAAGGCCUACCGCAAGUACAAGGCUGCUCUCCCCGCCGACCUCGCUGCCGUUGUCGCCAACAUCAGCUCUGCCGGCCUUGUCGAGCGUGCCACUGGCAGUGUCGCCGCCAACCCCCAGGAGUACGACGUUGAGUACCUGAGCCCCGUUCAGAUCGGCACCCCAGCCCAGACCCUCAACCUCGACUUCGAUACCGGCUCCUCCGACUUGUGGGUCUUCUCGACCUCCACCCCGACCAGCCAGCGCAACGGCCAGACCGUCUACGACCCCUCCAAGUCCACCACCGCCUCCCGCCUCUCCGGCGCCACCUGGUCCAUCUCCUACGGUGAUGGCUCCAGCUCCAGCGGUAUUGUCUACAAGGACACCGUCACCGUCGGUGGUCUGACCGUCACCGGCCAGGCGGUCGAGGCUGCCUCCACCGUCUCGGACUCCUUCACCUCCGAGAGCGACCUGGACGGUCUCCUUGGUCUUGGCUUCAGCAACAUCAACACCGUUGAGCCCACCCAGCAGACCACCUUCUUCGACACUGCCAAGUCUAAGUUGGACUCUUUCCUCUUCACUGCUGACCUGAAGCACGGCAAGGCCGGCAAGUACAACUUCGGUUACAUUGACAGCACCGCCUACACCGGUGCCAUCACCUACACCUCCGUCAACUCCGCCAACGGAUGGUGGCAGUUCACCUCCUCCGGCUACCAGGUCGGCUCCGCCAGCUUCGUCUCCAGCUCCGUCACCGGUAUUGCUGACACCGGCACCACCCUUCUCCUCCUUCCCCAGGCCAUCGUCACCGCCUACUACGCCAAGAUCACCGGUGCCAAGUACGACUCUUCCCAGGGUGGCUACACCUUCCCCUGCUCCGCUACCGUCCCUGCCUUCACCUUCGGCGUCGGCACCGCUCGCAUCACCAUCCCCGCCACCUACAUGAACUACGCUCCCAUCAGCACCAGCACCUGCUUCGGUGGCCUUCAGAGCAACGCCGGCAUUGGCAUCUCCAUCUACGGUGACAUUGCCCUCAAGGCUGCCUUCGUUGUCUUCAACGGCAGCACCAAGCAGCUCGGCUGGGCUGCCAAGACCCUCUAAAUGCUUAGAGAGCGCAGCUUAGAGCAGAAAUAGAAGAGAGAGAUGGACGAUUCAACAAACAUGAAGCCCCGGGUAAUCUGGAUUUGAGGACAGGACAAGGGAAAGAGAACUGAGGGUUGUUUGGAAAAUCGUCCAUCGGGACAACUCAUGUGGCGAUUUGGUCACUACUUCUUAUACAUAAUUCUUAUCCGUAGCAUAUUGGUGGACAUUUAUGAGCGAUGAUGACGAGAAUAUAGUUGC